CUACUGCCCACCAUGUACGACGAUGCUCCAGGUUGGGGUCCUCCACCUCAGACCGGCGACAUCGUCAAGGAUGCCCUUCGGAAAGAACAACUCAUCAAAGAAAUUGCAGCAUCGCAGGACGACCUUCGCACAUUAUAUGACAGGGUGCAAACUGUUCAGAAAGAAGUCGAUAAGCUGACUUCUGGAAAUGAAACGCUGCAAAUGUAUAUCGACAAUUUGACAGUUCAGAUGGCGAAACGAAGAUAAAUGUUGGUUCCAUAAUCCAGGGCUUGAUUAAGAAGACCACAAUGUAACAGAAUCCGAUGAGAUGCAUAAAAACUAAGCGCAGAGAACGACCGUUGAAUAUAAUAAUUUAAUUAAUAGGACCUAUGGAGAAGAGGGCUCGUAAAGAGCACAACUAGUGGCCUCGUUCGGACAGCCAUUGCAUAAUAACGCCGAGGUUGUGCUGACUUUUCAUAGAGCACUGAUGCGAGAAUUAGAUCGGCGGGAAAAGAGAUGAAAGACAUACCGAGUAACACUAGAAGAGCAAUUCAAUACGAUAUGAAGAUCUCAACAAUACAAGAUACGUACUGAGACAGGUCUGUCGGUGAUUU